AUGUUUUUAGUGGAAAAUCAAAAAACAAUUCAAAAUGAAUUAAUUGAAUGCAUUUCUGGUUACAGAAAUGAUAAAAUUAUAACUAAAAUUAAAAACAGUCCAUUUUCCCUCCAAAUUGAUGAUACUACUGACAUAACGCAGAUUUCGCAGUCUUCAAUAAUAUUAGGAUGCGUAAAUUCUCAAGGACUAGUAAUUGAAAGGUUUAUGGGAUUUUACUAUGUAAGUGCCGGUAGAACAGCUGAGCAUUUGUUCAUUAUGGCUGCGAAAGUUUUAGAGCCUUUUCAAUACCGACAUAAGCUUGUAGGACAAUGUUACGAUGGAGCCAGUGUGAUGUCAAGGUAG